GCGCCGGCACGGCGAAGCUCCGCACCCUGAGCAUCCUCCUGAGCCUCCUGGUCCCCUCUCAUACAGCCAGGUCACCCGACUGCGGGGGCAUCCUCACCCCAUCAGGACUGAGCUACUUUGCUGAAGUUUCAAAGCCACACGCGGAGGCAGUCCUCAGGCAGGACCUGAUGGCCCCACCAGUCUCAGACCUGUUUCCCAGCUCCCCCAAGCCCCAAAGGAACCAAAUUAACUCCGUCAAAGUCACCGAGCUGUCUCUGUCGCUCAUCCCUGACACCGGGCUGCGGCUGAGCAUCGACGUGGACCUCGGCAUCACACCUGCCCCCUCGACCACCAAGGUGAUGAAACUGUCCAUCCUGGCCGACCUCCACGUGGAGAUGAACCCCGAAGGGAACCUGGAGCUGGUGAGCUCUGCCUGCAAACCCACCGUGGAGGAGGUGCAGAGCACCGAGGAGAUGGAAAGCAAGUCCUCUAGUUCAGAGGCGGACAAGGAGAUUAACGUCGGUAAGAUUUGCCUGGAAGUCUCCAAAUUGCUGCUUUUGCCAAAUGAACAGCUGAUAUCUCUGACAGCUCAGUUCCCCAUCACGCCGAGCUGCCAGGUCCAGUACCUGCCCCUGGCUGCACCCAUGUUCUCUGAUCAGGGAAUCAUCAUAUCCUUGCAGUGCCCCGACCACUUCUACCCCAGCCUCUUCUUUGCCCUGGAAACGGCUGGAGCCUUCAACAUGACCAUCCCA